AUGAAAUUUCGCAAGACUGCUGUCAAUUAUAAACGCGGCUUGCCGAAAAAUCCUGCCAUCAAUGUCAACAAUGCUGAUUCUAGUGACGAGCAAGAGGUGAAUGUAGAGGUGUCGAACGUACAUACUUCGUUUUUGCCACUGGUUAGUCCUGAUAAUCUACAAAAUAAACUGCUUGGCUCAGCCCAGGACCAGUGGCUGGGCUCAUUAUAUGACUUAAAAGACUUGAUGAAGAUUCGCACACAUGCUGACGGAUUGCGCCGAGUCAAUUUGGCCAACCGCUUUUUCGAAGUUUCUUCUUCUGAGUCAUCGAAUUCGGAGGGAGAGAUGAAGAGUUCAUUAGAAAUAUCGGAUGACGAUUUGACGUGCAUUUUUUUUCGACACGAUCGAAUCCUUUUUCAAGUCAAACGACUGUGGAUUCGAGGAACAGUUCGACGUCGCAUUCUGAAAUCAAAUUUCUAUAGCAUUCGAGCAGACAACGGAACUUUAUUUGACGCCGUUCCUGCGUCCAAGAUGGAGUUACUUGAGGAGGAGGUUGUGCCGAUCAAUCGAUUUUCUAAAGGAGAUCGGGUAUUUUGGAUUCCUGACGCAAAUGAGGAUACAGCACGAACACGACGGCAAACGAACAAUCAAGAAGAAAUACAAUUGACAUACAAGGCCAAGAUCAUACGAGUGCAUGCAUCGAAUCGAUACGAUCUGCUGUUGCGCACUAACCGACUUGUUAAGAAGGUGUCAUAUAAGCAGCUUCGUCCUUGUGCUGAGUCCUAA